AGGCUAGUCUGGAAUCCUAGUGAGAAGAAAAGGCUGGAAAACAGGGAGUACUUCAAAGGGGCGAAAAGAGGAGGGAGAAGUGUCUGGCUAAGUCUAAAAGGAGGGGCCGAAGGAAGGAAGGAAGCAAGCGCCAAGGCUCUGCCCAGACUUCUUCCCUGAGACUCCUGCCGGCAGGGGAGGAGCUCGGCCCAGCUCUCCCUAUUUUCCCUUUGCUGCCUUGAGAAUUCUUCCAGCACUGCCUGCCCUCUGGACCUGACUCCAUUCCCUCCCCUCCCCCCUCCCUAGGCCAGCGGGCCCCCGGGACUGACGGGGAGGGAGGCUGAGUGGCUGUACUGUGGGCAUGCCUGCUCUCCCUUCCCCCUUCCAUUGGCAGCAACGUCACCGCAGCACCAGCGGCGCGGCAGCAGCAAGGAGACUGGGCUGGGAUUGCGCAGCCUCCCUGCAUUAGCAACGAUGCCAUUGUAUUAAGAAAUCAGAUCUUAGGAAAUUGGCCCAGUUCAUUUCCCCUUGUGUGGUCCCGUGGAACAGUGCCUCAGCUGGAACUGUCAAGGUACAGCUUGGUCGGAGUGCAAAAGGAACGACGCCUCCGGGUCCGGCUCCUGGCUCCUUGCAGAGGUGCCAAGCUCUCCUGAUGAAAUGUGUUCUGCCCCACUGUGCUCCGGGGGCAGUGUCUGGUGCUGUUGAUGCCCUUAUUCGAACUUUCCAGAAUGGAUAGUCCCCCAAAGCUGACUGGAGAAACCCUCAUCGUCCACCACAUCCCCCUGGUACACUGUCAAGUCCCAGACAGGCAGUGCUGUGGAGGGGCAAGUGGAGGUAGUGGGAGCACAAGACCCAAUCCCUUCUGCCCACCUGAGCUGGGCAUCACCCAGCCUGAUCAAGACCUAGGACAAGCCGACUCCCUGCUGUACAACAGUCUGCACUCUGCUCCAGGGGGAUCCACGCGGUCUGCAGACAGCACCAAGACUAGGGGUCGGGAUGGAAGAGGCUCCGGGGCCCCCAAACGGCACAAUCCCUUCUUGCUGCAGGAGGGUGUGGGUGAGCCAGGACUUGGUGAUCUGUAUGAUGACAGCAUUGGUGACAGUGCCACCCAGAAGUCUUUCCACCUGCAUGGCACUGGCCAGCCCACUUUCCAUCUGUCCUCUUUCCAGCUGCCACCAUCCGGCCUCGGAGUGGGCAGGUCAUGGGGGGCAACACGCAGUCGGGCUGGAGUGGUGGAGGGGCAGGAACAGGAGCCAGUGAUGACCUCGGAUGCCCAGCAGUGCAGCACUAGCCACUGCUGCCAGCCAGAGCUGGAAGCAGAGACCAUGGAGCUGGAUGAGUGUGGGGGACCUGGUGGGAGUGGCAGUGGGGGUGGAGCCAGUGAUACCUCUGGCUUUUCCUUUGACCAGGAAUGGAAGCUCAGUUCAGAUGAAUCCCCAAGGAACCCUGGAUGCUCAGGCACAGGAGCCCAGCACUGUCGCUGCAGCAGCACAUCUAGCCAGUCCGAGGCAGCUGACCAGUCCAUGGGCUAUGUGAGUGACUCCUCCUGCAAUAGUUCCGAUGGUGUGCUGGUCACCUUCAGCACCCUCUAUAACAAGAUGCAUGGCAACUCCCGUGCCAAUCUCAACUCUGCCCCACCGUCCUGCAGCGACUCUUCCUUCUGCAGUCACUCUGACCCUGGCGCCUUCUACCUGGAUCUGCAGCCCUCCCCAGCUGAGUCUAAAAUGUCUUGUGAGUCCCACCACCCUGAAAGUGGAGGAAGGGAAGGGGGCUGUGGUUGUCCUCAUGCCUCGUCUCCUGAGCUCGAUGCCAACUGCAACUCCUACCACCCACACUGUGAGCCCUGCCCUGCUGUGGCAGACCUCACAGCCUGCUUCCAGAGCCAGGCCCGUCUAGUUGUGGCCACACAAAAUUACUAUAAACUUGUCACCUGUGACCUGUCUUCCCAGUCAUCCCCAAGCCCGGCUGGCUCUUCUAUCACCAGCUGCUCUGAGGAACAAACCAAGAUAAGUCCCCCACCAGGCCCUGGCCCAGACCAGGGCGCCAGCCAGCCCUCUGAGUAUUACCUAUUCCAGAAGCCAGAAAUCCAGCCAGAGGAACAAGAAGCAGUGGGUUCCUCUGCAGAAACAGCAUCUGCCAUGGGCCCCACUGUGCUUGAGGGUCAAGUGUACACGAAUACUUCACCCCCCAACCUCAGCACUGGACGUCAGCGCUCUCGCAGUUAUGAUCGCAGCCUCGAACACAGCCCUCCUGUCCGCCUGGGCUCACUGGAACGCAUGUUGAGUUGCCCAGUACGGUUGAGUGAGGGCCCUGCAGUCCUGGCUGGGCCUAGCUCCCCACCCAGGAGGGUCACUUCCUUUGCUGAGCUGGCCAAGGGCCGGAAGAAAGCUGCAGGCUCUGGCUCCCCUCCACUUCGGUUGAGCAUUGGGGACUCCUCUCAGGAGUUCUCACCCAUCCAAGAAGCCCAACAAGAUAGGGUGGGCCCACUGGAUGAAGGCACUCGCUGUAGCCAUAGCCUACCACCGAUGCCCUUGGGGCCAGGCAUGGACCUACUUGCCCCAGAGCCCUGGUCUACCCAGGUCUGUCAGGGCCCCCAGUCCAGUGAGAUUCCACCUGCUGGCCUCAGAGCUUCAGGGCAAGGCCCCCUGGCCCAGCUGAUGGAUCCAGGUCCUGCUCUCCCAGGGAGCCCAGCCAACAGCCAUAUCCAGAGGGAUGCAAGAGCUAGAGCUGACGGGGGUGGUGCUGAGAACCGACCAGUCCUUCGCUACAGCAAGGAGCAGAGGCCAACCACACUGCCCAUCCAGCCCUUCGUGUUCCAGCACCACUUCCCCAGGCAGCUGGCCAAGGCCCGGGCCCUCCACAGCCUUUCCCAGCUCUACAGCCUGUCAGGCUGCAGCCGUACACAGCAGCCUGCCCCACUGGCUGCCCCCGUUGCUCAAGUCCUGGCCCCAGCUCCCUCGGGGGAGCCACAGGCAUCCACCCCCCGAGCCACUGGCAAAGGCACCAGGAAAGCUGGACCUGAACCAGAGACCUCACGGCCAUCACCCCUGGGCAGCUACUCCCCCAUCCGGAGUGCUGGCUCCUUUGGGCCCAGCACUGAUUCUUCUGCCUCCACUUCAUGCACCCCUCCCCCAGAGCAGGCCACAGCCACAGAGAGUCUACCCCCAUGGAGCCACUCCUGUCCUCCUGCUGUCCAGCCUGCCACCUCCCAGCAGCCACAGAAGGAGGAUCAGAAGACACCAACUUUGGCUGAGUACCGGCUCCAUGGAACAGGAAGCUUGCCUCCUCUGGGCUCCUGGAGAUCUGGCUUCAGCCGACCAGAGAGCCUGGCCCGGGGAGGUGGUGAGAGCAGCAUAACCUCCAGGCCCAGUAAUGCCAACCAUCUAUCCCCUCAAGCCCUCAAGUGGCGGGAAUACAGGAGGAAGAACCCACUAGGGCCAUCUGGUUUGUCAGGGAGCCUAGACCGAAGGCCACAGGAAACUCGGCUGGCCCGAAGGAACCCCAUCUUUGAGUUCCCCGGCUCCCUCAGUGCUGCUGGCCAUCUGAACUGCCGGCUGAAUGGUCAAGUAGUGAAGCCAUUACCACUGACCUUCCCUGACUUCCAAGAUCCCUUUUCCUUGACUGAGAAGCCUCCAGCUGAGUUUUGUCUGUCCCCAGAUGGCAAUUCAGAGGCUAUUUCCAUUGACCUGCUUCAGAAGAAAGGGCUGGUAAAAGCAGUUAACACUGCUGUGGACCUCAUCGUGGCCCAUUUUGGCACAAGCCGGGAUCCUGGGGUGAAGGCAAAGCUGGGAAACAGUUCUGUGAGCCCUAAUGUAGGCCACCUGGUUCUGAAGUACUUGUGCCCUGCGGUCCGGGCAGUGCUAGAAGACGGGCUCAAGGCCUUUGUACUAGACGUCAUCAUCGGGCAACGUAAAAACAUGCCGUGGAGUGUGGUUGAGGCUUCCACACAGCUAGGCCCAUCCACCAAGGUCCUGCAUGGCCUCUACAACAAAGUCAGCCAGUUCCCAGAGCUCACCAGUCACACGAUGCGCUUCAACGCCUUUAUCCUUGGCCUGCUCAACAUCCGGUCCCUGGAGUUCUGGUUUAAUCACCUCUAUAACCAUGAAGAUAUCAUCCAGACCCACUACCAGCCCUGGGGCUUCCUGAGUGCAGCCCAUACCGUGUGCCCUGGCCUCUUUGAGGAGCUGCUGCUGCUGCUACAGCCCCUGGCCCUGCUGCCCUUCAGCCUCGACCUGCUGUUCCAGCACCGGCUGCUGCAGAGUGGGCAGCAGCAGCGGCAGCACAAGGAACUGCUGCGGGUGUCCCAGGACCUGCUGCUGUCUGCCCACUCCACACUGCAGUUGGCCCGUGCCCGGGGCCAGGAGGGCCCUGGAGACAUGGACAGGGCAGCCCAUGGGGAGCGGGUAAAGGGUGUGGGUGCCCCAGAAGGUGGAGAAGAGGAAGAGGAGGAGACAGAAGAGGUGGCAGAGGCAGCUGGAGGCUCAGGGAGUGGCAGGUGGGCCCGAGGCAGGCAGGCUGGCUGGUGGUACCAGCUCAUGCAGAGCUCCCAGGUCUACAUUGAUGGCUCCACGGAGGGUUCUAGGUUCCCUCGUGGUAGCAGCAACAGCAGCAGUGGCAGCGGCAGUGAGAAAAAGAAAGGGGCAGGAAGCGGGGGGCCUCCCCAGGCUCCACCCCCCCGAGAGGGAGUAGUGGAGGGGGCUGAGGCCUGCCCCGCCCCUGAGGAGGCCUUUGGCCGGGAGAGGGGCUGGCCCUUCUGGAUGGGGAGCCCCCCUGACUCUGUGCUGGCUGAGCUGAGACGCAGUCGGGAGAGAGAAGGGCCCACUGCCCUGCAAGUGGAAAAUGAGGAAGGGGCCUCAGAGCCUUCACCUGGGGGCAUCAAGUGGGGACAUCUUUUUGGUUCCCGAAAAGUUCAGCGGGAGGCCCGGUCCACAAACAGGCUCCCCUCAGACUGGCUGAGCCUGGACAAGUCCAUGUUCCAACUAGUGGCACAGACGAUGGGUGCCCGCCGGGAGCCAGAGCCCAAGGAGAGCCUGCAGGAGCCACAGUCUCCAGCCCUGCCCUCCAAGCCUCCAUGUGAGGUGCAGGCACUGUGCCACCAUCUGGCCACAGGCCCUGGACAGCUGAGCUUCCGCAAGGGAGAUAUCCUACGGGUGCUGGGGCCAGCCGGAGGAGACUGGCUGCGCUGCAGCCGUGGCCCUGACACUGGCCUGGUGCCUCUGGCCUAUGUGACUUUGACCCCAACUCCAAGUCCAUCCCCUGGAAGCAGCCAAAACUGAGGCCCUGUGCAUGCUGGUGGCCUCAGGGACCCUCAUAACCCCCAGACUCUGCGCCUGAGAGCCCGUCCCAAGCCCUCUGGCUUGGCUACAGCGAGUAGACUGAGAGCUGGGUCCACGUAUCCCUGUGCUGGCACCUGCUCCCUGUGCUCAGUAUUAAUUACUCCCAUAACUGUCCCAGUGACCUCAUCUAAACCUCCACCCAGGAAAGGAGGGAAGGGAUGCAGCACUGGGCUGCCAGGAUUUCCCUGGCCUAUCUGGGCCAACACUUCCAUGGGUGUAGAUGAGCAAGUUCCUUUGGAAGGAGGUAGCCCAGAAGGCCAUUUGCAGGGUUCCCUAUGUCAGGUGGUGAUGAGGAUGGGUGACAGUAUUGGGGCCAGAUCCCUAAGCCCCCCAGCUGUAAAUAGGCUGUGGCCAGUGCCUGGCCAUCAGAUGAGGAAGGAGGAGCCCAGGCUUCUGUUUAUGUAUGUAUGUAUUUAUUUAUUUAUUUAUUACACCUAUUAAUAAAAAAGGUGCUCAGCCUCCAA